UCAGAUGUGGCUUGCUCCUCGACUAUGCUAACCUCUGACAGUGCAGCGGUGCAAAACACCCUCACUGCUAGCACUUUAAUUAGCACUAGCGAGUCAUUGCUCUCAACAGCUCUAAUUGAAGUGAUCAACCCUAUUAACAACAAAAAGGAGACAGUUAAAUGUCUUGUAGACAGUUGUUCACAGUCUAAUUAUCUAUCUCAUAAUUUGAGACAAAAACUAAAUCUUGAUUGUCAGCCUCUAACUGCCUCAAAUGUGACAGGAAUAGGAAAUACGCCUCUGACCUAUCAACCUGUGCUUUGUGCAGCGCAUAUUCAAUCUAAACUCAGUGAUUUUAAUGCCAAAAUUGACUUUCUAGUUUUAGAUCAAGUAACUAGUCGCUUUCCACAAAACUAUGUAGACAUUAGUCACCUUAACUUACCUGCCUCUGUGCAGCUUGCUGACCCAACAUUUAACGUUCCAUCCCAAAUAGAUAUGCUGUUGGGAGUGGAAAUGUUUUGGACUAUUGUGACAGGUGCUGCAAAAAGAUUGCCAACGAGCAAGCGCACCUUCCUAAUCCCAUCUAAACUAGGGUGGUUAAUAGCGGGACCGGUAGAGGGAGCCUCGGCUCACUUACAUACAGGGAACACGCGCAGCCACCUCUGUCUGUCUGAUCUGUCGGCCCAAAUGACCAAAUUUUGGGAAACAGAGGAGCUACCGUCUGAAACGGACUCCAUCAAAAAUGGGAGUGAGUUCGAGUCUCACCUUAUAAACCAACACUUUGUUGAAAACACUUACCGCCAAUCUGACGGCAGAUUCGUUGUGCGCUUGCCUUUAAAGGACUCGCCGGACUGCUUAGGCAACUCAUUUAACAUAGCUAAAAAGCGUUUAUUCAGUUUAGAGAAACGUUUUAGUAACCAACCUGAACUAAAAUCAAUGUAUGUUGAUUUCAUAAAUGAAUAUAGAGACUUAGGGCAUCUGUCGGAGUCUGAGCGAUGUUACAAAGCUAAUCACCUCCCGCAUCACCCCGUGAUGAAGGAGAGGGAAUCUACACGCAUGCGCACAGUCUUUCACGCUAGCUGUCCCACCUCUUCUGGGUAUUCAAUAAAUGAUAUUCAGCUUGUAGGUCCUAACAUACAAAGCCCACUGUUUGACAUAUUGCUUAGAUUCCGACAGUACAAGUAUGUGCUAUCUGGUGACAUAGAAAAACAGUACAGGCAAAUAAUGAUGAAUGAAAUAGAUAGAAACCUACAAGUUAUUCUAUGGCGCGAAGAUGAGCACUUACCCAUACGCUCACUAACUUUAAAUACCGUUACGUACGGCUUUGCUUCAUCGAGCUGGCUAGCAGCACGCUGUUUGUGGCAGUUAGGGGCUGAAAGCAAGGAUCCUUUAGUUAGGACUAUUAUACAAAAUGACUUUUACUGUGAUGACUUAUUAACAGGCGCAGACUCUGAAAUAGAGCUGCUUCGUAUACAAGCAGGUGUCUCACAGGCCUUAGCCUCUGGUUGUUUCAAUUUACGUAAAUACCGCUCGAAUUCUAACGCGCUAUUAAAGUCGGAUUAUAUUAAUAAAGAUGAUCACUUAGCAUUGAGUCAAGCUUGCCAAACACUUGGACUAGGGUGGCAGCCUAGCCAAGAUGUACUAAACUUUUCCAUUAAAAAUGAUCAUUCUGAUAAAAUAGUUACAAAAAGAAAAAUCUUAUCUGAAACGUUCCAAGUCUUUGAUCCAUUAGGACUCUUAAGUCUAUGCACAGUUAAAGCUAAAAUAUUAAGCCCCGUGGGCCUAAAUUAACUGGUGCACUUUCAGCACAGGAGCUUACAGACGCAUUUAACACUCUAAUUAAACUUGCACAGCAGGAGUCAUUCUCUGCAGAGCUUGAAACGCUUCGCAAAGGUCACAGGUUGAGUCCCAAGUCACACAUACUAACCCUGGCCCCGUUCAUCGACUCUCAAGGCCUCUUGAGAGUAGGCGGGAGGCUGGAUGCUUCAGAUUGUACUUACGAUCAGAAGCAUCCAAUGUUGUUACGUGCUAAACACACACUAACUAAACUCAUCUUUACACAUGAACAUGUACGUCUCUUACAUGCCGGGCCACAGUCAUUGCUAGCCUCAGUACGAGACGAGAUAUGGCCGAUCGGCGGCAGGAAUUUGGCACGAAGCACGGCCCACAAUUGUGUCACCUGUAAACGUAUCGCUGGCCAAACUUUAAAAAAUAUAAUGGGAAAUUUACCAGCGCAACGAAUUAAGGCUGACUUUCCAUUCACGUCAACAGCUGUAGACAUGGCAGGGCCCUAUUUAAUAACAGAUCGCCGGGGGCGUGGAUGCAAAAUCACCAAAUGUUACUUGUGUCUGUUUAUAUGCUUAAGAUAUAAAUGUGUUCAUAUAGAAGCUGUGAGCGACUUAUCUAAAGAUGCAUUUGUGCUAGCUCUACGCAGGUUUAUCGCUAGGCGCGGCAGACCUGCGGAAUUGUUUUGCGAUAAUGGCAGAAACUUUGUAGCUGCAGCUAAAGAAAUUAAUGAUUUUUUUAAGUUAUAUAAAAGUGACUUGUCUGAAUUUGCAGCUGGUCAAGGAAUUAAAUUUAAAUUCGCACCAGCUUACGCGCCAAAUUUCAACGGAUACGUCGAGGCCGGUAUAAGGAGCGCCAAAUUUCAUCUUAAAAGAGUUUUGGGUAACACCCAUCUCACCUUUGAAGAAAUUGCAUCCCUUUUUAGCCAAGUGGAGGCAAUAUUAAACAGUAGGCCUCUCUGUCCACUCUCUCCCUCCCCCUUAGACUUUACACCCCUUACUCCCGGGCACUUUCUCAUUUUUAGGCCGCUCACGUCGCUGCCGGGCCCGCCGCUCGACGACCGCAACCCGCACCGCCUGGACCGCUACCUGAGGCUGGAGCAGCUACGGCAACACUUCUGGAAGCGCUGGUCGGCCGAGUACGUGUCUCUACAACAGCAACGCUACAAAUGGCGCGAGAGGCAACGUGACCUACAACUGGGAGAAGUAGUACUCAUCAAGGAGGAGGGCUUACCGC